UGAUGUGUGGAAGAGCAGCAGUGAGCUUGAAGCAGAAGUGAAGGAGAGAAGGCUUGAUCCCAAAGAGCCUGGGGAUAAAUUGCCUGGCUUUUGUCUGCUCUACCAAGCUCCUAAGAUUCUUCCUGCAUCCACUUGUUUCUUAUUGACCCAUAAACACUUUCAACACCCGUUUAAUGAGCAUCUACUUCCUACAGAGAAUAAAAUGGGCAAAGAUUCCUGUCCACAUAGAGCGGCUAUGCUAGUUGAGAAGGUGGACAUUAGAAAUCAAGCUACCUGGGGUUGGGGGACAUAGUUCAAUCAGUAAAGUGUUUGAUCCUGAAUUCAGAGUCUCAGCACUUACAUUAAAGAAAAAAAAUGGGCAUAGUGGCACAUGUCUCUAAUCCUGGCACUGGGGAAGUGGAUGAGGAGAUUCCUGGGGCUCACUGGCUAACUCCAGAUUUAAUGAAAGACUGUCUCAAAGAAGGAGAGGAGAGCAGUUGAGCAGGCCAAGCAACAUUGGCCUGGGCCUCCAUACCCUCACAUGUAAACAUAAACCACACACAAAAUAAAAAUAAACAUGUGGACAGAGUUUCAUCUCUUGGGGAUGCUCUUAUUCCAUCUUGCUCCUCAGGAACAGACAGUUUGGUCCUAGACUGCUGUGGCUGCCGCGGGGCUGCUCUGACAGCGCCUCACCUUGCAGGCUGUGGAUUUGACUAGACUUGAGUCUUUUCUCACCCUGUGUGCCUGGCCUUGUUCCUUCGCUUCUUCAGUAAUUUAUCAAGCCACCAGUGAGAUGGCUCGGGGGUAAAAGCUCUUGCUCCCAAGCCUGCUGACCUGAGUUCAGUUCCCACAGCCCGCAUGUGGAAGGGGAGAACUGACUCCUGUAAGUUGUCCUCUGACCUACACAUCUGCACACACAAGAAAUAAAUGUAACACUUUUGUUUUUGUUUUUAUUUAAUUAUUAGCAAGCUAGGUACUGAGGACAGAGUUCAGAGCAAAGCAUUUAAAAAUCUUGUUUCUGGGGCUGUGGAGAUGGCUUAGUGGUUAAGCCACUUGCCAUAAAAGCAUAAGGAUCAGAGUUCAGAUUCCCAGAACCCAUCUGAAUGCCAGUGAGUUGGGAGAUCCACCUGUAAUUUCAGUCUCUGAAGGCAGAAAUAGGACCUCCAGAGCAGUCUGGAUAACCAGACUGGCCAUAUCUGUGAGCUCUGAGUUUGACUGAGUGGAAGAGAGAUGGAGGAUCAUUCCUAGCAUCCGGUCUCUACGUGCACACGUGUGCCUGCACAUGUGAAAAUGGAAAAAGAAAAUCUUGGCAUCAGAGAGUGAUCCCAGUAAAAACACAGUCAGGAAAGCAGAACGUGGGGUGCAUUCAAUGCUGGUGAUAUGGAGGGAAAUGAAGCUAGCUGGGUAGUGUAGGUCUGGGGGACAGGUGGCACUGACCGCUCAGAGCCUCCAUUGAAAAGACAAUUGAACAGAGACAGGAAGGAGAUGAGGAGAGUGCGGGGGAGUUAAUUUUGCCUGCAAAAGCAACAGUCCUGAAACACAGGCCCCAGAGCAGAAAUGGAGCCAGCGCAGUGGAAGAACAGCUGCAAGCUUGUGGGGGCCUGUGUUGGUCAUGGAAGGACUUUGGGAAGGCAGGGUCUCGAGGUUUUCUGCAAGAAGGGCCUGGCCUGGCCUUCAUCCUCCCAGCUAAGCAGGAUAGCAAUACUUCUGAGAGUGCUGGGAAUUUUUUUUAAUUAUUUUUUUAUUUUCCGUGCAUUGGUGUUUUUGCUUGCAUUUGUCUCUGUGUGAAGGUGCUGGAACUCCUGGAGCGGCAGUUGUAGUUGUGAGCUUCUGUGUGGGUGAUGGGAACUGAACCCAGGUCCUCUGAAGAGCAGCCAGUGCUCUUAACCACUGAGCUGUUGGGAAUCUUGAAUGGGACACACUGUGUGAAGCAGAGAGCCCCAUACUCUAGAGUUAAGUGAAUGCCAGUGGCUGGUCUGGAGUCGGGCAGACUGAGAGGCGUGACUAGGAGGCAGGAGGCAGGGAGAGGAUGGAGCGGGUCACAGCUCCAAUGUGCAGCUGCAGGGGCCCCAUUUCUGUUUUGGAAAGUAAAAUACUGACAGGGAAGAGUGGAGUGUGGAACCCCACCACUUUCCUUCAACCCCACUCAUCUCAGUGAACCCCCAGCUCUUCCUUAGUGAUUUUUGGAGGGGGUAGGGUUUUUUUUUUUUUUUUUUUUUUUUUUUUUUUUUUUUUUUUUUUUUUUUUGAGACAGGGUCUCUGUGUAUCCCUGGCUGUCCUGGAACUCACUGUGUAUCCCAGGCUGGCCUUGAACUGAGAGGUCAGCCUGCCUCUGCCUCCUGAGUGCCGGGAGUAAAGGUGUGUGCCACCACUGCCCAGCUGUGCCUCAGUGUUUCUGAGUCUACCCGUCCUUUCUUAUUGUUUUGAGGAGAACUUGGAAGAGACAAAUAACAUGUGACUUGUUAAUAUUUUCCCCCUGUGUGUGGCAUGGUACAUGUGUAUACUUAUAUAGGGGCCAGAGGUUGACGUGUGUGUCUUCCCCGAUUCUGCUCUGCUUUAUUGAAGCAAGGGCUCCCACUGGAUCUGAAGCACUCAAGUUGGGCUAGUGUAGUUAACCUGCUUGCCAUGGAGAUCUCUCAUCUCUGCCGGUUUUUUUUUUUUUUAGUUUAUUUUUAUUUCAUGUGCAUUGGUGUUUUGCCUGCAUGUAGGUGUCAGAUCCCCUGAAACAGGAGUCACAGACAUGUGAGCUGCCAUGUGGGUGCAAGGAAUUGAACCUGGGUCCUCUGGAAGAGCAGCCAGUGCUCCUAACCACUGAGCCAUCUCCCCAGCCCUAUCUCUACCUUCUUUUUUUAAAAAAUAUUUAUUUAUUUAUUUAUUAUGUAUACAAUAUUCUGUCUGUGUGUAUGCCUGCAGGCCACAAGAGGGCACCAGACCCCAUUACAGAUGGUUGUGAGCCACACCAUGUGGUUGCUAGGAAUUGAACUCAGGACCUUUGGAAGAGCAGGCAAUGCUCUUAACCUCUGAGCCAUCUCUCCAGCCCCCUCUACCUUCUUCUUAAGUACUGGAUAACAGAGAACUGUUUUGCCCACCUGACUUACUUUUCUGUGGGUUAUGGGGAUGCAAAUUCUGGUCUUCAGUCUUGCAUACCAAGUGCUCUAUCCACUGAACCAUCUCCUCACCCCUGUUAAAACUUGCUGUAUUUAUGUGGAACUCCGUUUGGUGUGUGGAGUGGGGCAGUCUCUUCCAUUAUAAUUGUAUAAACUUUUCCUUGGCACACGGCACCUCAGGAAAGGGGCAGUUUGGGACUGGAGAGAUGGAUCCACACUAGGAGUGCCUGCUAUUCUCAUAGAACCCAACACCUACAUGGUGGCUCUCAACCCCCUGGAGCCCAAAUCCAGGGGAUCUGACAUUCUUUUCUGACUUCCACUCAGUCACAUAGGCAGUGCACAGACAGAUGUGCCUGGAGAAAAUAAAAAAAUAUUAUUAAAACGGAGCAAUUGAAGACUUAUGUCAUGCUUACUCAGUAAAUACUUACUGAACCAUCUUUCUAGUCUCUUAUUAUUUGGCAAAUAUUUAUUAAUAUAGAUGUCUACUGCAAUAAAUUUCCCUUUGAGCACUGUAUUACCUAUCUCUCUUCAGUGUUGGUAUGGGUUUUUUUCUUUUUUUCUUUUUAUUGCCUGAGACAGAGUGCUAAAUAGCCCAGGUUGGCCUUGAACAUGCUAUGCAGCUGAGGCUAAUCUUGAACUCCUGGUCUUCCUACUUCCUCAAGUGCUGCUGAGAUUAUGAGCAUGUGCCACAGCACCUGGCUGUGACUUCAUUUUCAGUCAUUGCAACGCAUUCUCUGAUUCUCUUCAUCUCUACAUAGCAACAGAUAUUUGUUAAGUAUCUGUAGCUUGUCCACAUCUGCACUGUGGUAGGUGCUAGGGCAUAGUGGCAAAGAAAGCAGGCUACUUUAGUCCUUGCUCCCGUAGUGGAGAGGUCAGACAGUAAUAGUGCAUGGCAAAGUAAUCUGUUGAUGGCACUAGCUGUGGUGAAAAGAAUAGAGCUGGGUUAUGGUCUAGCGGAGACAGUGUGAGGAUAGAAACCUGAAUAGGAUGUGUGGGGGGGAGGGUAUCAUUGACUGCUGGGGAAGGAUGUCCUGAGGCAGACAAAGAAUCCAUGGGGUUUGUUGCUUUUUGAGCCGGUCUCCUGUAUCCCAGGCUGGCCUCGAACUCACUACAUAGGCAAGGCUAGCCUUGAAUCCUCCCUCAGGUUCACAGAAGCUGGGGUUAUAGAGCUGCACAACCAUGCCUGGCAGAAUCUAUUGAAUAGUAAUCCCCCACACCACCUCAUAUAAAUAGCCCAGAAAGCACCCCUAAAGGAGACUCCUGUUGCCAUAAUUCUACCCUGCACCUCCUUCCACUUGCAGGGUGCAGCUCCUGGGAAAGCCUCUCCCAUAGGGGAUGGCAUCUCUGGCUGUCACACCAGCUGCUCUACUGCACACUUGCUCUGGGGACCUCGAGGACUCACUAGAUCCUUGGUGCUUCAGUGCGUUGAGUGGAGAGAGAAGCGACUCCAUAUGAGUUGUAACAAGGAUCUUGUGAGUUAAGAAGUGGAAGAGCUUAGCUCAGGCCAGUCUGUGUGAGACACCCCGGCUACAGCAGCUGUCACUAAGGUCCCCGCCCCCUUCCGUAGCACUCUGAAUUGGUCUCUGCCUCCCGCAUCCUUCCACUGUGUGUCUUCCUCCUUGCUGGCGGCAUCCCGCACUUAAGCUCUGUGUGCAGUCUUCUGGUUGCCAUGCCUUUGCUUCUCCUGAAUGCUUCUCCUGGAGCUUAGACUGAAUGGAAGGGCUGUAAAGGGCACGGGUGUUGACUCUUGUUCAAGAACACUCAGAGCUGGAUACUAAAAAUAUCUAUUUCUGUGUAGAGGUGGGGUGGAGACACCUUUUACCUGUGUGUGCCAAGAGCCAGCCAGGCAGACUAAAUAAAGGUCCUGGGCCUUGGAGGGACAUCCUGUCCCCUGCGGCUCCUUAGGUUUUGAGUAUAGUAUGAUUAGAAAGAUGAGGGCUGGGCCAGAACUGCCGAACUAUAGGGGCAAGGGAUGAUGGGCAAAAAUGGGCCUUUCUCCCAGCGACUCUUCAGAAGCUCAGUAGGGCUGCUGUGUGUGUGAACACAGGAGUGAACUCCAGAAGCUGAGGUUCCAGUGAGGAGAGAAGACAGACAGCAGGAGUGGAAAACAGACAGAAAAAGUUGUACAAAAAGUGCCUGCCUGCCUGUUGGGAGGAGCUAAGAGAAACUGUAAUCCAAGGACCAGGGUCGGUGUGCCCAGGUGUGUGAUGUCAUCAUUUAUGGCAUCCAGCCCUAGGGGUGGAAUGCACACUACUGAUAAUGUUGCAUUUCACCCUCAGCUCCCCAUGUAGAAGUUCAGGCCCCGUUUUAAAUGUGGAGAAAGCAUGGACCUAGCAAAGAUCAGAUCAGAACCCAGGUCUAUGCAGGCACUCUUGCCGUAACUACCUUGACCUAGGCUAGUGGAUUUUUCUUUCUGCCUUGCAAUCAAAGAAUAUUCCCUCUCCCCCAGUAUUGAGCUCUUACCCAGUUUUCUUGGCUUCCCUUUUUCUACUACUGGAAUAGAUACUAUCAAUUCAUGGAAGGCAUUACCAUAUACUGAGUGUUUACAAGGCGCCAGGAGGGGCCUUCCACAUGCUAAUGUUAAACUGUUGGAUCUUCACAACAGCCCAGUGCUUGAUAGCUCCUGCUGCCCUAGACCUUCUCCUUCCUCCCCGCCUCCCUCCCCUACCACAAGAUUACCUCAAACUUGGAGCAAUCUCAGCCUCCUGAGUGUUUGGUUUGCCCUUAGUCACAAUGGUUGUGGAGGCAGAGGUUCUGUCAUUUGCCUGUGGUCACACAGCUAGAAAGGGGGGGGGGGUGGCCCAUGCCUUUAAUUCCAACACUUGAAUCUCUCAGUUUGAGGCCAGCCUGGUCUGCAGAGUGAGUUCCAGGACAGCCAGAGCUACUCAGAGAAACCCUGUCUUGGGGGGGAAAAAAAGAAAAGAAAAGAAAGGGACUGGACUUAGGUUUGAAGUUGUCAUUUUGGUUCCUGAAGCCCCUGUCUUAACUACUUAGGGUCUCCCUUCUCUCCACCGGCCAGAGAUGGAGGCAAACCAGGCAGGCAGCGGUGCCGGGGGUGGCGGGAGCAGCGGCAUCGGGGGAGAGGACGGGGUCCACUUCCAGAGUUACCCCUUUGACUUCUUGGAAUUCCUCAACCACCAGCGCUUUGAGCCCAUGGAACUGUACGGGGAGCAUGCCAAAGCAGUGGCGGCCCUGCCCUGCACCCCGGGGCCCCCGCCCCAGCCCCCGCCCCAGCCUCCUCCGCCUCAGUAUGACUACCCACCCCAGUCCACUUUCAAACCCAAGGCGGAGGCUCCUUCCUCAUCCUCCUCGUCAUCAUCUUCCUCCUCAUCUUCAUCUUCUUCAUCUUCUUCAUCCUCUUCUCAAGCCAAGAAGCUGGAUCCGUCAUUGCCGCCCACCUUCGGGGCGCCACCCCCUCCGCUCUUUGAUGCUGCCUUCCCUGCCCCGCAAUGGGGAAUUGUUGACCUCUCUGGGCACCAGCACCUGUUCGGAAACCUGAAACGAGGAGGGCCCACACCUGGGCCUGGGGUGGCAUCAGGUCUUGGCACUCCCACCGGGACCCCUGGGCCACUUCCCACACCCACGCAGACCCCACCUGGGCCCACAGUCGGGGCGGCCUGCGACCCAACCAAGGACGAUAAGGGCUACUUCCGAAGGCUAAAGUACCUGAUGGAGCGUCGCUUCCCAUGCGGUGUGUGCCAGAAGUCCUUCAAACAGUCCUCACAUCUGGUCCAGCACAUGCUGGUGCACUCUGGGGAGCGACCAUACGAAUGCGGCGUCUGUGGCCGCACCUACAACCACGUAUCCAGUCUCAUACGCCACCGACGCUGCCACAAGGAUGUGCCACCAACUGCUGGGGGUCCGCCGCAGCCUGGGACACCGCUUCCUUCGCUGGGCCUCCCGGUACCCACUUCCAGUGCCACAGCCACCUCCGCUCCUGCUGCAAUGUCCUCCGGCCCCUCAGCUACACCUGCAGCACCUGCCACCUCCACGGAUGGGAAUGCCACCCCCGCUGCCGCUGCCGCAGCUGGGGUGGCCUUGCCUCCCCCCACCACUACUGGCGGGGAGGGCCCAUUUGCCUGCCCCCUCUGCUGGAAGGUCUUCAAGAAGCCCAGCCACCUCCACCAGCACCAGAUCAUCCACACGGGUGAGAAGCCCUUCUCCUGCACCGUGUGCAGCAAAAGCUUCAACCGGAGGGAGAGCCUCAAACGGCAUGUGAAAACGCACUCGGCCGACCUGCUGCGCCUGCCCUGUGGCAUCUGUGGUAAGGCCUUCCGCGAUGCCUCCUACCUCCUCAAGCACCAGGCGGCUCAUGCAGGGGCCGGGGCCCCGCGGCCGGUCUACCCUUGCGACCUGUGCGGGAAGACCUACUCAGCGCCCCAGAGCCUGUUGCGGCACAAGGCUGCCCACGCGCCACCUGUGGCCACCGAACCGGCCAAGGAUGGGGCGACCCCAGUCCCGCAACCACCUCCCACCUUCCCCCCGGGCCCUUACCUCCUGCCGGCGGACCCGACCACCACCGACGAGAAAGCCACAGCUGCUGCAGCGGCGGUGGUGUAUGGGGCGGUGCCUGUGCCACUUCUCGGCACGCAUCCGCUGCUGCUCGGUGGUGCCGGGAACGGCGGCGCUGGUGGCGCGGGCACGGGCGUCCCAGGCAAGACGUUUUGCUGCGGCAUCUGCGGGCGGGCGUUCGGGCGCCGCGAGACCCUGAAGCGCCACGAGCGCAUCCAUACCGGCGAGAAGCCCCACCAGUGCCCAGUGUGCGGGAAGCGCUUCCGCGAGUCCUUCCACCUGAGCAAGCACCAUGUGGUGCACACCCGGGAACGGCCCUACAAGUGCGAGCUGUGCGGCAAGGUCUUCGGCUACCCGCAGAGCCUCACGCGUCAUCGCCAGGUGCACCGGCUCCAGCUGCCCUGCGCCCUGGCCGGAGCCACAGGCCUCACCGGGGGCCAGGGGACCACGGGGGCCUGUGGACCGGGGGCUGCAGGUGCUUCGGGCGGGCCCGCCGACGGCCUGAGCUACGCCUGCUCGGACUGUGGGGAGCAUUUCCCGGAUCUCUUUCACGUCAUGAGCCACAAAGAAGCCCACAUGUCAGAGAAGCCUUACGGCUGUGACUCCUGCGGCAAGACCUUCGGCUUCAUCGAGAAUCUCAUGUGGCACAAGCUGGUCCACCAGGCUGCCCCGGAACGUCUUCUGCCGCCAACUCCCAGUGGUCCCCAGUCCACUGAUAGUUCUAGCGGCGGCACCGACGCAUCCAGCGUGCUGGACAACGGACUGGCCGGAGAGGUGGGGGCGGCGGUGGCAGCGCUGGCCGGAGUGUCUGGGGGCAGCGAGGAUUCGGGUGGGACGACUGUAACCGGAGGGGGUGGCGGGGCCACUUCAGGCGCUGAGCGCUUCAGCUGUGCCACGUGCGGCCAAAGCUUCAAGCAUUUCCUGGGUCUGGUGACUCACAAGUAUGUGCACCUGGUGCGCCGGACCCUGGGUUGUGGCCUCUGCGGCCAGAGCUUUGCCGGCGCUUACGACCUGCUCCUGCACCGCCGAAGCCACCGACAGAAGCGGGGCUUCCGCUGCCCGGUGUGCGGAAAGCGCUUCUGGGAGGCGGCCCUGCUGAUGCGCCACCAGCGCUGUCAUACAGAGCAGCGGCCCUACCGGUGCGGCGUGUGCGGCAGAGGCUUCCUGCGUUCCUGGUACCUGCGGCAGCACCGAGUAGUGCACACGGGCGAGCGCGCCUUCAAGUGCGGAGUGUGCGCCAAGCGCUUUGCGCAGUCCUCCAGCCUGGCCGAGCAUCGGCGACUACACGCCGUGGCCCGGCCUCAGCGCUGUGGCGCCUGCGGCAAGACCUUCCGCUACCGCUCUAACCUGCUGGAGCACCAGCGGCUGCACCUGGGCGAGCGCGCCUACCGUUGCGAGCACUGCGGCAAGGGCUUCUUCUACCUGAGCUCGGUGUUGCGCCACCAGCGUGCCCACGAGCCCCCGCGGCCCGAGCUGCGUUGUCCCGCCUGUCUCAAGGCCUUUAAGGAUCCUGGCUACUUCCGGAAGCACCUGGCUGCCCAUCAGGGAGGUAGGCCCUUCCGCUGCUCCUCCUGCGGUGAGGGCUUUGCCAACACCUAUGGUCUGAAGAAACAUCGCCUGGUGCACAAGGCUGAGGGUCUUGGGGGGCCCGGAACAGGGGGAAGCGCCUUGCCCGGGAAGGAUCCCUGACCAGGGAAUUUCAAUGCACUACUCCAAUCAGAUGUUCCCUUCUGGACUCCCCCCCCCCCCCCCCCCCCCCCCCCCCCCCCCCCCUCCUCCUCCUCUCUCCUUCCUGGGGCUGCUGGUCUGACUCUCCCCACCCCUCCUUAUUGUUACCCAUUCUAAAGAACUACAGAUGGUCUAGCUUCCUUCCGACCCCAUGCCCUGCCCUAUAAACUGAAGGUUAAAUUGCUACAAUGCCAGGCCAUUUUGGCCCUUCCUUCUUCGUCCGUCAGACACUGAACUUGAUCCUCCGUCCAGCCUUCUUUUGUAAACCUCAUCUGCUACCCAGCCGCGUUUUGGCUCCCGUGAACUCCGCGGUGAAGAUGGGCCUGAAUUACCCGCGGCCUCUACUUCCUUUGGGAUCUGGCUGGACAGUGGACUAUGAACAGAGUUGAGGAGGCACAGGUUGGGGGUCUGGGUGCUCUUGGGUUGGGGGGAGGGGGGAACAGACGCGGCUUGUACAGAGCAGAGAACAAUAAAUCGUAUCAACAGGGCCGCUGGGGUCUGUCCUUGCUGUUCCUGGGGGAUUGUGAUAACUGGAUGGACACACAGCACCUCUGUCGUGUUUCACCUGGGUUGAGUGAGGAUUUGCCAUGUCCCCGGCGUUAGCCUACGAACUGGGCAAGUGGCGAGAGUGAGACAGGUAAGUCCAUCUCCCGGGAACCGAUUUGAGAUUCCGAGACUCCUCUUCAGGAUGUUUUCAGCCACCAUGACCGGAAGUCUGUCUGCCAAGUCCUGGCCUGGGUACUAGGGAAACAUGAAUUGAGUGGACAUGACAUUCACACUUCAGUAGCUGGGAGAGCACGCCUGUGGAAUUCACCACUGCCUGCAGACUUUCUGGAGACAGGAUCUCAUGGAUUCUAGGCUGGCCAUGGACUUGCUUUGGAGGUAAGGAUAGCCUUGAUUUUUGUUUUGUUUUGGAGACAGGGUGGGUCUCUCUCUGUAAUUCUUGGCUGUUCCAG